AGAUCACACGACAACCUCACCACCACAUGUGUGCACCCUCCUCUCCCAGGACCCUGCCUCCUUUCAACGUCCACGUCAUCCUGAUUCGGCGUCUUCUACGGCAGCACACAAGAGCCAAAUUCCCACCGUUGGAUUACAAUCCUACAGCCAACCUCGUCCGUCCAUCACCUCCCCUCAGUUAUCCCUUCUAACCCAUGCCCAAUAACCCAGAAACCGAAGCAACCAUCAGGAGUAGGUAAUAUUGUACUGAGACUUAUAGAAAGUGAAGCACAUGUAACAAAAUCUUCUCUUUUUCCAUCCUUUUACUCCUGCUUGAGACAGACUUUUCUUGCUUACUUUCUCAAUCUCUGUAGUCUGUAGCAGCUAGAAUCCCAGGGUUUUGCAGUAACAAUUUUGAAAAUGGAAGGUUUAGUUGUGGUAGUUGAUGGAUCAAUUACGGGGGAGAAGAAACCUGUUGAAGGUAUGGUUUCAGGAGAGAUGGCAGGGGAAACGAUUUUGUUGGGUACUGAUGGAUCAAAAGAAAUGGAAGAUGAGGUUUUUGAAGAUGCAAUUGGUACAGAAGAGCCUUUUCUGGAGCAGGGAACAAAGCCUGAAUUGGGUGAUGCUGGUAUUAUCGGAGAUGGAGAUGGAAAUGGAGAUGGUGAGACUGAUUUGGGUUCAGGGGAAGUUCAGGGUAAUUCUAAUGCAGAACGUCAGUCUGAGAUAGUUGAGGAGGUUAUUGGGGUUCCUGGUUCAGUUGGGAGUCAGAAGGAAUUGCCACUGAAGGAAGAUGAGCAGAAGGCAGAAGAUUUGAUCACUGGAGAGAGUUCUGAUGGGAUUGCAUUGCCGGAUGAGAUCGAUGAGGGAGGGACCAGAGAUGGAAUGAAGACAGGUGAAGCCAAUGCUGCUGAACAAACAGAACUUUCAAGGAGUCUGGAUGAAGUUGAUGUGAAGUCCAAAGCACUAAUUGAGGGGCCUGGAACUGGAGAUUCUGAAAACGCAGAUUUGGAGGAAACUUUGGGGGAUGCAAAAUUAGAAAUGGGAGAUGUGGAUAAACUGAAUGAAGGAUUUGUUGGUUCCGUUCGAGCUAUUGAAAUCAAGUCACAUGUUUUUCCUGAAGAUGGAAAAAGUGAGAAAGCAGAAGAGGAUUCAUUAGUUUCUGAAAGUCAAGAUGAUAGUGCUGGUGAAUCUAUUGAUGCUUCAGCUGGCUUCCUCAGCCAGCCGCAAGAUGAUAAGAAUGAACCACCAAUUGGUUGGCCCACUAUUCAAGAGAGUGAGAAAUUGAAAGACACUACAAAUGACGUUGAUCUAGUUCAUGGUCUUGAUGAGGGUGAAAAAGCAGAGAAAAGUUUAGCCAUCUUGAAUUCCAAAAAUGGAGAUAGCAUGAAUGGGGAAGUGAAAGAUGUUUCAGCUUCAGAUUUAAAGCAUGAUGGAAAAUCUGAUAAACGGCAAGAAACUUCAGCUGGUUCGUAUACAUCUGUGAAAGGGGUAUUGGUGCCAGAAACUGGAAGCUUGUUUCUAGAGAAGUCAAAAGUUGAGAGGAAUGGGAAUAGUGAAGCUGCCCAACCUUAUUUGACCGACUUCAACUCUCAACAGGCUGACAAAAAUGAAUUAGUGAGUAAGGUUCGAGACAGCAGUGGUGUAGCUGAGGAUUCUGCAAGAAAAGAAGAGAUGGGUCAGGGAGUAGGGCUUGAUGUUGGUUCUCAACCUCAAUGGGCUGGGAAAAAGGAAUUGGUGAAUAAGGUUCUGGAUAGCAAUGGUGUGGCUGAAGAUUCUGAAAGGAAAGAAGAGAAGGAUCAGGAAGCAAAGCACAGCACAAAUGUGGAUAUAAAACAUGGAAUUCUGGAUCGAUCUUCGUCAUCUGCAAAAAAGAGUGAAGAGCUCCAAAAGCAAAGGGGUAACCUUAAUGGAGAACGUGAGAUUCCAUUUGCCCCACUUUCUUCUUCAUCUGCAAAUUCUACAAAUCGUGCUACGCCUCCUGCUCGUCCUGCUGGCCUUGGGAGUGCUACUUCACUGUUUGAAUCUGCUCCUCGGGUGGUGCAGCCAUCUCGUGUCAACGGAACUGUGUCACAUCCUCAAACCCAGCAAAUUGAAGACCCUGCUAAUGGGGAGGUGGAGGAGAAUGAUGAGACUCGGGAAAAACUUCAGAUGAUUCGGGUAAAAUUUUUGCGUCUUGCCCAUAGGCUUGGCCAGACUCCCCAUAAUGUUGUUGUGGCUCAGGUUCUGUACAGACUAGGCUUGGCUGAGCAGCUUCGAGGAAGAAAUGGUGGACGGGUUGGUGCCUUUAGCUUUGACCGUGCUAGUGCUAUGGCAGAGCAGCUUGAGGCAGCUGGGAGUGAACCUCUUGAUUUUUCUUGCACAAUUAUGGUUCUCGGGAAGACAGGAGUUGGUAAAAGUGCAACUAUUAAUUCAAUAUUUGAUGAAGUUAAAUUCAGUACCGAUGCUUUUCAGACCAGCACAAUGAAGGUCCAGGAUGUUGUGGGCACUGUUCAUGGAAUCAAGGUACGCGUGAUUGACACACCAGGGCUUCUGCCCUCUUGGUCUGACCAGCGUCAUAAUGAAAAGAUUCUUCACUCUAUUAAGCGUUUCAUCAAGAAAACACCUCCAGAUAUUGUGUUGUAUCUUGAUAGGUUGGACAUGCAAAGCAGGGACUCCGGUGAUAUGCCACUUCUGCGCACCAUCACUGAGAUAUUUGGACCAUCUAUUUGGUUUAAUGCAAUUGUGGUUCUAACUCAUGCAGCUUCUGCUCCACCUGAGGGUCCAAAUGGUACUGCCCCUAGUUAUGAUAUGUUUGUCACACAACGCUCACAUGUUGUGCAGCAGGCCAUUCGUCAGGCUGCAGGGGAUAUGCGUCUCAUGAAUCCUGUUUCAUUAGUGGAGAACCAUUCUGCAUGCAGAACAAAUAGGGCGGGACAGAGGGUUUUGCCAAAUGGCCAGGUUUGGAAGCCUCAUUUGUUAUUGCUUUCUUUUGCUUCUAAAAUUCUGGCUGAAGCAAAUGCGCUUCUGAAGUUACAAGAUACUCCACCAGGAAUGCCUUUUGCAACUCGGUCAAGAUCACCUCCUUUACCUUUCCUUCUCUCAUCUCUUCUCCAAUCAAGACCACAAGUGAAGCUGCCAGAAGAGCAAUUUGGUGAUGAUGAUGGUCUAGAUGAAGAUUUAGAUGAAUCAUCAGACUCAGAUGAUGAUGUAGAGUAUGAUGACUUGCCACCAUUUAAACGGUUAACUAAAAAUCAGAUAGCAAUGCUUAGUAAAGGUCAGCGUAAAGCAUAUUUUGAUGAGCUGGAGUAUAGGGAAAAGCUUUUUAUGAAGAAGCAGUUGAAAGAGGAGAAAAAGCGGAGGAAGAUGAUGAAGAAAAUGGCAGCUGCAGCUAAGGAGCUGUCAAGGGAUUAUGGAGAAAAUGCAGAAGAAGAAAGUGGAGGUGCUGCUUCUGUGCCAGUUCCCAUGCCUGAUUUAGCACUGCCUGUUUCUUUUGAUUCUGAUAAUCCCACCCAUAGGUAUCGUUACCUUGAUUCUUCCAAUCAGUGGUUUGUGAGGCCUGUGCUUGAGACUCAUGGUUGGGAUCAUGAUGUUGGUUAUGAAGGUAUUAAUGUUGAAAGAUUGUUUGUUGUUAAGGACAAAGUUCCCAUAUCAUUUUCUGGCCAGGUUACAAAGGACAAGAAGGAUGCCAAUGUCCAAAUGGAAGUAGCUAGUUCUUUAAAGUUCGGAGAAGGUAAAGCUACUUCUCUAGGUUUUGAUAUGCAGACUGUUGGUAAGGACUUGGCCUAUACUUUCCGAAGUGAGACCAGAUUUAGUAAUUUCAAGAAGAAUAAGGCAACAGCUGGCAUCUCAUUUACUCUUUUAGGUGAUGCUUUAUCAACUGGGAUUAAAGUUGAGGACAAGUUCAUUCCUAAUAAGCGGUUGCAGGUGGUUAUGACUGGGGGUGCAAUUACAGGCCGUGGUGAUGUUGCUUAUGGUGGUAAUUUGGAAGCCCAGUUGAGAGAUAAAGAUCAUCCACUGGGUCGCUCGCUGUCUACUCUCGGGCUCUCAGUCAUGGAUUGGCAUGGAGAUCUUGCUGUUGGGUGCAAUAUACAGUCCCAGAUCCCUGUUGGACGGUCUACAAAUUUGAUUGCACGUGCCAAUUUGAAUAAUCGGGGUGCAGGGCAAGUCAGCAUCCGGUUAAAUAGCUCAGAACAGCUCCAAAUAGCUUUGGUUGCCAUCAUUCCUUUGUUGAAAAAACUACUUGGGUAUCAUCAGACACAGUUUGGACAAUGAUGGAAAUUAGUAGGUUUGCUUUAGCUGCCGAGCAGUGAUAGGUUACAAAUUUUGAAUGGCCAUUUCACUGUGUUCAUUAGCAGAGUGAAAGGAAGUAAGCUGCUAAACUUCCAUAUCUUUAGUUUCUUUCGUUCUUUAUAUAUAUAUUUUUCCCCUUUUAGUAAUAUAUUCAUGGAUUAUGGUAAUUUUUGUUUCCUAGAAAUAUAUAUUUGUUCUGAUAAAAACAUUGCUUCAUU